AUGAACAAGGUGUUCCGUCUACAGAUCGGCCGCAGCAUGGAGAGCAACAGCCAAGCUAAAGUCACCAACCGAGAUAUCCUUAGAGGAUUACGGGCUCGACUCGACCACGCUGGAGGAAGCUGGGUUGAUGAGCUCCUGAGUGUCUUGUGGGCUCAUCGUACCACACCAAGGGAGGCGAUCGGUGUCACACCAUUCCACCUAGUGUACGGCAGUGAGGCAGUAGUUUCAGUGGAAGUCGGAGUAGAGUUCGAUCGGGUGCAGCUCUACGACGAUGAAAACAUCGAGCAAAGGCUCAUGGAGCUCAACCUUGUGGACGAAGCGCGAGACAAGGCCGUUAUCCGGCUGAUGGCAUACAGACAACGCAUAAAGCAGAACUACAAUCGAAGGGUGAUCCUAAGGUCAUUUCAGCGCAGAAGGGAGAUAUCCACCGUCCUUCAGCUGGUCGAUAGUUCCAUCAAUUCCAAAGUUGAGAAGGUGGAGCGCUUGUACGAAUUUGGCCUCCUUCAGGUUCUGAGGCAGGACUCGAGCCUUUUUGUUUUUGAUCUCCAAGUCCUCAAUGGCUCGGAGUUUUCUGGUGUUGGCCGAAUAGAUCUUCGACUCAAAAGAGCUGGCCUGUUUAUUGAGCCUCACCAGUUGCGAAGCCUGAUCGGCGUUCUUGCUCCUUUCCUCCUACAGUAG